AUGGCCCCUACAAUUUGUUCUCCCUGGCCAGCAGAAGACCCAGAACAAUUUCCAGGCUCACUACAUGUACCUGGGAUCAAUGAACCUUAUAAUAAUGACAACUUUGAUCGGUACUGGAGUGCGAUGGACACAAGUGACCCUGACUUCCCUCUUCAGAGAGCCAUUGGACAGGACCUAAGGCCUACAUCACCAUCAUCUGGGUUUUCCGCAUCUGUGUCCUUAGCAGGCACAGACGAUAAAUCACGCAUCGAGGAACUGAUUAACUGUGUAACAGAUAUGCGAGAAGAACUCCUGAAAAUGAAGAUGCUCAUGGAAAUGAUCCACAACUCUCUUCUGAAUCAUAUCAUGCCAGGAGGGAUUAACCCAAUAGCCCACUAUGCCAAACAUUAUCGGGACCUGAAAAAGAGUAAGAGAUUUGGAACAGAGAUACCCCUUCCGGACCCUUCCCUGAUGGGAACCACCAGGGGCACAUAUAGCUAUCGACGCCGAGACAGCAAGGUCCAUCCAUGA